AUGACGCUGUUGGUGCCAAUAGCAGUACGUGAAAUACGGAUCAAAACGGGGCCUAUUCUCAUCCGCGUUGAUGCAAUGCCUUUCCUCCCGCUAUCCCACGCUGUGUCCUACUGUAUGAGUCUACGGGCUCACGUGGAGAGUGAUGUCCCCAAAAUGGAGUGCAACCUUGCAAACUAUCCCGAUGCGGAGGUUCGCACGAUAAUCGCCGCCGUCGUUCGAGCGAGGCCAGGCCGAGUAGUGUUUGUCAGACGCGGGCACCAGUUGCCCCGAUCCAGCCCCGAAAGUCCGCUUCAAGCAGCGGCGACAAGUAGGACGAGCCUCACUGUGGCAGAAGCGGCGCCAGGCGGACACGAGCGAGCCAAUGGCAGGCCUCUCAGCCACCGCCACAUCUAUCAAAUGCCUCAUCUUCUCAUGAUCGUUACGGAGACGCCUCCCAAAGACACACUUCACUUCACCCCGGCCCGUGCCGGUGAACAGCUUAGAGACCGGUGA